AUGACUACUCAAGGUCCAAUUCAAUUGGAAAAGACAGACAAAAGAGAUUAUCUCAAAGGAAUUGAAAAAUCUAUCCAAUCGCAGUGGAAUGAUAACAAAGUAUUUGAAAUCGAUCCUCCAAAUGAGCUGAUGGACAUGAGCGUCGAUGAGUUACACGCAAAGUACCCAAAGUACCUCUCAACUUUCCCAUAUCCAUAUAUGAAUGGUAGUCUCCACUUGGGACACGCUUUUUCCAUCUCAAAGGUUGAAUUUGCGACCGGUUGGGAGAGAAUGAAGGGAAAGAGAGCUCUGUUUCCCUUAGGUUUCCACUGUACAGGUAUGCCUAUCAAGGCCGCCGCAGACAAGAUUGUUCGUGAAACUCAACUCUUCGGAAAAGACCUCUCUGGCUACAAAGACCAGACUGACGAAGAAACUGAUCCUACAGGCCCUGUCGUUGAUCAGCCUGCAGACAGAAAAGAUAAGGCUCAAAAGGGUAAAGUUGCCGCAAAAAACACCGGUCUCCAAUAUCAAUUCCAAAUUAUGGAAUCUCUCGGUGUACCAAGAGCUGAGUGUUACAAGUUCUCUGAUCCAGAAUUUUGGUUGGAGUACUUCCCUCCAAUUGCACAGGCUGAUUGUACUGCUCUUGGUACUCGCAUUGACUGGAGACGCUCAUUCAUCACCACUGAUAUCAACCCUUACUAUGAUGCCUUCGUUAGAUGGCAAAUGAACAAACUCAAGGCCCUUGAAAAGGUCAAGUUUGGUAAAAGACACACCAUCUACUCUAUCAAGGAUGGUCAACCAUGUAUGGACCACGACAGAUCUUCUGGCGAGGGCGUCGGCCCACAGGAGUACACCGGUAUCAAAAUGCAAGUUUUAGAGUGGUCGGAAAAGAUUUCUCCGGAGAUAAAGUCCACUCUCGCUAACAAGCAGACUUUCUUUGUUGCUGCAACCCUCCGUCCAGAGACUAUGUAUGGUCAGACCAACUGUUAUGUCGGUCCAAAGAUCGAAUACGGUGUCUUUUCAGUGAAUGACGAUCAAGUCUUUAUCACAACUGAAAGAGCUAUUCGUAAUAUGGCUUUCCAGGGUGUCACUGCUUAUGAAGGUGAAGUUCGCAAGAUUGCUACCAUCAAAGGUAGCGAUAUUGUUGGUACUUCACUUAAGGCACCUCUUGCCGUUCUCGAUCGCAUCUUCAUGCUUCCUAUGGAGAGUGUUUUGCCAACUAAGGGUACUGGUGUUGUUACAUCUGUUCCAUCGGACUCUCCAGACGAUUACGCCAACUACAUGGAGUUGAGAAAGAAGGCAGAGUUUUACGGUAUUGACCCAGCAUGGGUUUCUCAUGAUAUCAUCCCAGUUCUUAAAACUCCAACAUACGGUGAUCUCACCGCUAAAGCACUCUGCGAGAAGUUUAAGGUUCAAUCACCAAAAGAUGCUAAAAACCUCGUCGAAGCAAAGGAAAUCGCUUACAAGGAAGGUUUCUACGGAGGUGUUAUGGUUACGGGAGAAUUCACCGGACAGCCAGUCCAAGAAGUCAAGAACAAAGUUAGAGAUGAGAUGAUCAAGAACGGUACCGCUAUCGCCUACUCUGAGCCAGAGGGUAUGGUCAUGAGUAGAAGUGGUGAUGAAUGUAUCGUCGCACUUUGCGAUCAAUGGUACUUGGACUACGGUGAAGAUGGAUGGAAAGCUCAGUCUAUGGAGUUACUCAAGAGAAUGAACACCUACUUCAACGAAACAAGAUUAGGCUUCGAGUAUUCCCUUGGCUGGUUGAACCAAUGGGCUUGUGCUAGAUCAUUCGGGUUGGGUAGUAGAUUACCUUGGGAUAAGCAGUACCUAGUCGAAUCUCUCACUGACUCAACCAUCUACAUGGCUUACUACACUAUCGCUCAUCUCCUCCAAGGGGAUGUAAAGGGUACUAAGCCUGGUCAAUUGGGAAUCAAGCAUGAAGACCUCACUGAUGAAGUAUUUGAGUACAUCUUUGGCGGUGGUAAGACAUUACCAAAGUCCUCAAUUGAAGAGAAAGAUCUGAAGAGACUUCAAAAGGAAUUCAGCUACUUCUACCCGAUGGACCUUCGUUCCUCAGGAAAAGACCUUAUCAAUAACCACCUUUCAUUCUCCAUCUACAACCACUCUUGUUUAUUCCCAGAAGAACAAUGGCCAAGAUCUAUGAGAGCCAACGGCCACUUAAUGUUAAACGGAGCAAAGAUGUCAAAGUCAACCGGAAACACCCUCACUCUUAGAGAUGCAGUUGAAAAGUUCGGUGCAGAUGCUACAAGACUCACAUUGGCAGACGCUGGUGACGGUAUCGAAGAUGCUAACUUCGAAGAGAAGACUGCCAAUGCCGCUAUUCUCCGUCUGCACACCUUGACUGAAUGGUGCAGAGAGGUAGUUGAAAACAGGUCAUCUUACAGAAGCGGUCCAGCUGAUUCAUUCCACGACCGUGCAUUUGUCAACGAAAUGAACCACUGCGUGCAUGAGGCAUACAAGAGCUACGAAGGUACCUUCUACAAGGAGGCACUUAAGUCUGGAUUCUAUGAGUUCCAAUCAGCUAGAGACUGGUAUAGAGAGGUCACCAUUGAAGAAGGUAUGCAUGGCGAUCUCGUUCUUGAAUGGAUCAAGCUCCAAGCACUCAUCAUCACCCCAAUCAUUCCUCACUUUUCGGAACACAUCUGGCAAAAUAUCCUCAAAUUACCUGGAAGUGUUCAGCACGAGCGUUACCCAGAUGUUGCACCAGUUGACCAAACCCUCUACGAUAGUCUCCUCUACGUCAGAUCAUCAGUAAAGACAAUGAGAGAUGCGGAGUUAGCAUUGGCAAGACGUAAGAAGGGCGGCAAGGGAACAACACCAGAAGCUUUCGAUGCUAAAGCCAAGAAAGCAUUGAAGGUCUUCACCGCAAAGUCCUACCCAGCUUGGCAAGAGGAGUGUGUCGAAUACGCCAGCGCAUGUUGGGACGAGAAGGAAAAGAAGUUCGAUGAUGCUAAACUGAGAAACAUCAUUUCUGAAAAGGGUUUGAUUAAGGAUAAGAAGAUAAUGCCAUUUACUCAAAUCCUCAAGAAACGUGCUUUGCAGUUCGGUGGUGAGACUGCAUUCAACAGAACUUUGCCAUUCAAUGAACGUGAGGUUCUCUUAAGCGCUGCUGCUUACUUCCGCAAAACUUUGAACCUAGAAAAGUUUGAAGUUUAUGAGGUUGAAGGCCAGAACAGCUCUGCCAGCGAACAAUACAAGGAUCUUCCUGAUCACGUUAAGAAGCUUAUUGACAAUGCUGAGCCAAAUUCACCUGGUUUCCAAUAUUACAAUGUUGAUUAA